AUGGCUCCCGAUCUGAAUGCCCUCCCCCGUUCUUCGCGGGAUGCCGUCUCUGCCCCCUCGGCCCCCUCUGCCACCUCCUCCACCCCCCGCAAGCCAAACAUCCUCUACAUCAUGGCCGACCAGCUCGCCGCGCCCCUCCUCAAGAUGCACAAUCCCGCCUCCCAGAUCAAAACCCCCAACCUCGACGCCCUCGCUGCCGAUGCCGUCGUCUUCGAUCAGGCCUACUGCCCCUCGCCCCUCUGCGCCCCCUCGCGCAUGUCCAUGGUGACGGGCCAGCUCCCCACCAAGAUCGGCUCCUACGACAACGCCUGCAGCAUCGACCCCAGCACCCCGACCUAUGCCCACUACCUGCGCGCCGCCGGCUACGAGACCACCCUGGCCGGCAAGAUGCACUUCAUCGGCGAGCAGCUGCAUGGCUACGAGAGCCGCCUGACCAGCGACAUCUACCCGGGCGACUACGGCUGGGCCGUGAACUGGGAGGAGCCCGACAAGCGCUUGGAGUGGUACCACAACGCGAGCAGUAUCGAGCAGGCCGGCCCCUGUGUGCGGAGCAACCAGCUGGACUACGAUGAGGAGGUCAUGAGCAAGCAAUUCCUCUACGACCACGUGCGGAAGGGUCCCAACGCUCGCCCCUUCUGCAUGACCGUUUCCCUCACCCACCCCCACGACCCCUAUACCAUUGAGAAGAAGUACUGGGACAUGUACGAGGACGUCGACAUUGCCCUUCCCGAAGUCACCAUCCCCAAGGAGGAGCAGGAUGCGCACUCCAAGCGCCUGCUGAAGGUCUGUGAUCUCUGGGACAAGGACUUCACCCCGGAGCAGAUCAAGCGUGCGCGCCGUGCGUACUACGGGGCCGUCUCGUAUGUGGACGACUGCAUCGGCAAGCUCCUCCAGACCCUGAAAGAUUGCCGGCUGGACAAGGAUACGAUCAUCGUGUUCAGCGGGGACCACGGCGAUAUGCUGGGCGAGAGGGGUUUGUGGUACAAGAUGUCAUACUUCGAGGCCUCGGUGCGCGUGCCGCUGCUGGUCCACCACCCAGCGACCUUCAGACCGCACCGUGUCUCGGCGAACGUGUCGACCCUCGACAUCCUGCCCACCCUUGUGGACCUGGUGCACGAGAAGCUCUGGCCGACCCUCCCCAUGGAUGGCAAGUCCCUCCUCCCCCACCUCGAGGAGCGGGAGGGCGGUUCGGAUACCGUGUUCGCCGAGUACUGCGGGGAGGGCACCAUCGCCCCUAUGAUGAUGAUCAAGCGGGGGCCGUGGAAGUACAUCACGUGCCCUGCCGACCCCCCUCAACUCUACAACCUGGCCACCGACCCGCAAGAACGGGUCAACCUGGCCGCCCUCCCCGCGAAGCAUCCCCUCUUCACGCCGGAGGUCAGCGAGACCCUCAAAGCCUUCACCGCGGAAGCAGAGCUGAAGUGGGACAUGCAAGCCAUCACCGACCAGGUCCUCCUCUCGCAACGCUCUCGCAGACUGGUCUGGGCUGCGCUCAAGAAGGGCAAGUUCACCAGCUGGGACUACAACCCGGACAAUGACGGCCGGGAGAAGUACAUCCGCUCCCACAUCCCACUCGACGACCUUGAGCUGCGCGCUCGUUUCCCGCCGGUGGAUGCCAAGGGCCGCGACCUGUUCCAGGGGCAGGGCGGGGCCGGCGCGGGCGGGAUGGGAGGAGUGGUGGUGGAGCAGGCGGGGGCACAUGGGCAGUAG